GGCAACUUUUGUUUUGGGAGGGAGAUUGUUUCUGUGAGUCUACACUUGUUAUUUUUUUUUAUUGGCAAUUGCGUCAAAGGUAAUUGUGCCACAGACACCACCAAAUUCUAGGGACACCAGGAGACUAUCGACCCCCGUCGAAAAAAAUUGCAGGUCUAAAACAUGGCGGAACCAAACCAAAGGCCUCAACGUAAGAUGUCCACCGCAGGUGACAGUCUAUACAAGAUACUAGGACUGGAGCAGGGGGCAUCCGCAGAAGAAAUAAAGAAGGCAUACAGGAAACUAGCACUGAGGCAUCACCCUGACAAGAACCCAGACAACCCAGAGGCAGCUGAGAAGUUUAAGGAGAUCAACAAUGCCAACUCCAUCCUCAACGACGAGACCAAGAGGAAGGUCUACGAUGAGUACGGCUCCAUGGGCCUCUAUGUGGCUGAGCAGUUUGGAGACGAGAGCGUUAAAUAUUACUUCCUCAUGCACAAGUGUUGGUUUAAGACCCUGAUGGUGUGUUGUGGGAUCUUCACCCUCUGCUGCUGCUGUUGCUGCUGCUGUUUCUGCUGUGGCAGGUGCAAGCCACUGGAGGAGGAGCACGGAUACGUAGACCCAGACGAACUGGAGGCUCAGAUCAGAGCUGAGCAGGACAGGGGUGAACAUGAACCCAUUGUGAUCCAGCCUCAUACUGCUGAUAAUGAGAAGACCUAGUCCGACCACGACCAGUCUGCAGCCAAACCGCUCUGACCCAAUACUCACCGCAGCGGACCAGUAAGAACCUGUCAGCGAGGCGUUUUCCCAUAGCCUGGUCCCAGAUCUGUUUGUGCUGUCUUGCCAACCCCUAUGGUCAUAAGGACUUAGCAAGACAGCACAAACAGAUAUAGGACCAGGCUAGUCUGCCCACUCUGGUUACUCCCAUCUAGGGUUCCAAAUUCUUUCCCAAAAUUCACAGGUUUUCCUGAAAUAAGGAGGGACUAAGCAGGAAAUCCGGAAUCCUCCAUCCAGGAUAUCUAGAAAACCAGGGAAUUUGACAAUACUGUGAUCAAUUUCUGUGGUUCCUUUUUUAAUCAGUGGCAGGUGCUUAAAUCAUGCAGUCAGCCCACCGUACUAUAUGUGGCCAAAGCCUUCUAUUUGGAUAUACACUCAGCAAAAAAAGAAACGUCCUCUCACUGUCAACUGCGUUUAUUUUCAGCAAACUUAAUAUCUGUAAAU